AUGGCAGAUACACUAAGCAGCUUACCAGACCCAAUUCUCUGUCACAUUCUCUCUUUUCUCCAAACCAAACAAUCCGUUGCUACAAGCAUUCUUUCUAAGAUGUGGAACAAUCUAUGGCUCUCAGUUCCCACCCUGUGCUUCGACGAGACAGUUAAAGACCAAAUUACAAGUGUUAAGUUUAACGAUUUCGUAUACUCUGUUUUGCUUUCGCGAGAUGCCACACUUCCCAUUAAAAGUUUCCAUUUCAAUGUUUCAUACAGUUAUGAUCUUCCGAGCCCCAUUAUCAGUAUAAACAAAUGGGUAAAUUUUGUGGUACAACGAAAACUUGAGGACCUUUAUCUCCGUGUCAAGUCUGUGGAACGUCCCGAAUUGCCCAUCACCAUUCUCACUUGCAAAACCCUUGUGGUUCUCAAGCUUUCUCGUUUCGCCGUGAAAGAGGGUUGUUCUGUUGCACUUCCAUCUCUCAAAACCCUUCAUUUAAAAUAUAUUUGGUUCUCAAAACUUCGAGAUUUUAUGUUGUUUGUAACUGGAUGUCCAAUUCUUGAGGAUUUACUCACUCGGGUAACAUUUGGUUCAGAUGAAUCUCUCAAUUGUAACGAGUGGGACAGCUUUUGCUUAAGUAACUUGACCACAGGUUAUAUUCAUUGCACUUAUUCUUAUUUUCCAUUACAAGCAUUUUACAAUGUGAGCUCUCUACGCUUUCAAGCUGUUCAGGUGCAUUACCGGAAUGAUUUAAUUCCUACUUUUCAUAAUUUGACCCAACUGCAGCUUAAUAUUAUCAGAUAUAGUUGCCAAUUCUUAGUUGAAGUUCUCCAUCACUGCCCUGAGCUUCGAAAGCUUGACCUUCGUCAGGCCAACUUGGACAAAAUACGGAAUAGAAAAACUGAUAGAGAAAAUUGGGUAGAUCCGGAUGUUGUUCCGCAAUGCCUUUCAUUAAACCUUAGAACUUGCAAUCUUUUAAACUUCUUUGGCCUACCAGAUGAGCUUAUGCUAGCAAGAUAUAUCUUGAAGAGUGCAAGCAUUUUAGAAACCAUGACAAUUUGGAACUGUGGGCAUUCCAAAAACAAAAAAAUAAUAUCCUCAUACCCAAGGGCAUCUUCAACGUGUAAACUUACGGUCAUUUAUUUAGCUACAUCAUUCCAGUCAUUUAUUUAG